UGACUUGUGGUAUCAUAUGUCGGAUGGUGCUAGUUGUGUCCUGAUAUUCAAUACUUCAUAACAUCACACCUCGCUGUGUUCUAUCACCACUUUUCUUAUAUACGCAAUAACUAGCAUAUCAGGAAGUACAUUUGGGAAACAAAAUAAAAUAGUAGUUCAACUUACCCGAAGAGCUCCGAAGAAGUUGAUACCACUGAGGAAGAAAUUAAAGAGGAGAUAUAACAUGCAAAAGAUGCUGUAUAAAACAUUGGUUUUACUCCUUGUUAUCCAACACACCAGAGGACAUGGGAUAGAUUGGUCGUUUCUGCCAAGUUGGUUGCGGGAGAAACUUCCAUUCGCCAGAGAGCACCCAGUACAACCAGCAUUAGCAGAGGUCAGUGACGAGUGUAUCAGGUACGCAGAGACGGGAGAUUGCAGAUUCUACCAAUGCUUUGAGGAAAGACACCCUUGUGGUCACGGUGCUUAUAUACAGAAAUAUGGCUGGGGCUACUGCCAUGGCUUUGUUCGAGAGAUCAACCGUUUCAACACUAGGGGCAAGCGAUGGGUAAACGAGACCAAGAAAUGUUCUAUGAGAGCUCUGCUGACAAAAUACAGGGCGAGCCAAUAUGAUUGCCAUGCAAUAAAGCAUCAUGCGGAGGAUACUCACAGAGACUGUGCUAUAAACAAGGGAUUCUGUGCAAUACUAUGGCCAAACAGAGAAGCAUUGAUGGACAUUUACAAACUCGGGAGCAAAAAGCAUCUACUACGUACAAUUGCGGUAUGUGGUCGUGAUGCAAUAACUAGAUUUCUGGGACAAAUCGGAUCAUCACUUAUGUUUGGUACUCCAUUUAGUGGCAAGAAAUAGAUCGAAGUAACCAAAGAACCAUGUACUACAGAUUAACGCCAAAGAUUAUUUCAUUUUUACUAGCGAACCUGUAUAUAACAUGUAUAAGCAAUGUAGUUAUGAGAUUUUAAUUAGAUACAAGAGUCGUUGGCACUGGACUCAAUCUGUUAACAGCAAAAUUACUGCAUAUGUGGGGUACUACUGUGAAAGGACAUCGCAUUAAGUUGAUGAACUGAAUGAACGAUUUGGAUAUAUCCAAGACACAUGUCAUGUACUACACGGGCGUCAAACAAGCUACAGUAUAUAUUACAAUAAUAAUACAUUUUUAUUGCACCUAUCUACCAGUUUACGAUUUAAAAUAAAUGUGCAAUAUCAAAGAAUGUGUGCAACAUUUGUAUAACAUAAAAUGACAUAUAACAAGCGUAUAUCUAUCUAUACAAGAUAAAAAAUACAGGUGCAUUUAUCAUUAUAAAUACAUAAAACUUUUCCAUCAACAUAAUACUCUCAAUAGUACUAGUAUGAUUCACUUUUAUCAUAUGACUUCAUUCAAUUUUGCGAUCUGAUUUUACCUACAUGAACACAAAACAUACAUGUAGGCUAUAAUAUUUCUUGUGAAAAUUCUUCUUAUAUUUUUGAUGUAACAGAGCUUUAAUGCAAUAUUAGAGUGGAGAAUCAAUUAAUACACUCAACAUUCUUCCAAUUAUUAUGUGACGAUUGUUUGUUUUUUUGAUGCACCUUGUACAUUUGUUGUUUCUCGCUGUGAAUAAAAGAAUAAAAUUUUGUUAAAUAAUAACUGGAUUAAUAUAAUCUACUAAAAUGUUUGCCAAGACACUGAGCAAACAAUAAAUGCAUUAUCAGUUACUUGUAUCCAUUAAUCUGUGCAUGGUACUAAAGAACAAAGAACUUGAUAAUUACAUGAUAUAAAUAAAUACUAUAAAUAAAUAUAGAUCCUGUAAAUGUGAUAACUGGGAAAACUUUAAGUGCAUUGUAAUCAUAAACGUAAUAUACAGGGUGUUUCAUAAUGAC